ACGCCGCCGCCCCCCACUCUUCCGCCACCGUCGUCUUCUUUCAAGCAAACAAAAAUGUCGAAUAUCGACGAGAACCAUCAUAAGGAAGAAAAUCAAGAAGGAGAACAAGUGAAAGAUCUUACAUUUGAAGAGCUUGGAUUAGACCCUCGUCUUAUUCGUGCCCUUACAAAGAAAAAUAUCGAAAACCCCACUCCAAUUCAGCAGAUUGGGAUUCCAUUGAUCCUCGAGGGGAAGGAUGUGGUUGCUCGAGCGAAAACGGGUUCUGGUAAAACGUUCGCUUACUUGCUUCCUUUGAUUCAGAAACUCUUAUCGGAUAACAACAAUAAUAAUAAUAAUGGUUCAUCUUCAAAAGCCCUAGCUCCCACUGCCAUGAUUCUUGUACCCUCUCGAGAGCUCUGCCAACAAGUUUAUUCAGAAGUGUUGUCACUAAUUGAGCUAUGCAGAGUGCAGCUGAAAGUAGUUCAGUUGACGGGUGAACCAAGUUUCUCUGAUAUGGCGGCAGCAUUGGCAGGGCCUCCUCAUAUUCUUGUGUCUACCCCAGCCUGUGUUCAAAGGUGCUUGUCAUCUGGUGUUCUUAAAGCACAAUCAAUUCAGGAUUCACUUUCGAUUCUUGUUCUUGAUGAGGCAGAUCUUCUUUUCACUUACGGAUACGAGAAGAAUCUUAAAGAUCUUAAGACUCACAUUCCUAUAAAAUGCCAGUGUCUUCUCAUGUCUGCUACCUCAAGUGAUGACGUUGAGAGUUUGAAGAAACUUUAUCUACACAAUCCCUACAUUCUUACUUUACCAGAAGUUGGUGAUGCGAAGGAUGAAAUUGUCCCCAAAAAUAUUCAGCAAUUUUGGAUACAAUGCAGUGAUCGAGAUAAGCUUCUCCACAUCCUCGCACUUUUGAAGUUGGAUCUCGUUCAAAAGAAAGUCUUGAUAUUUACAAAUACAAUCGACACGAGUUUUAGACUGAAACUGUUUCUCGAGCAGUUUGGUAUAAAAUCUGCGGUGUUAAAUGCUGAGUUGCCUGUAAAUUCACGUCUACAUAUUCUUGAGGGAUUAAAUGCUGGGCUUUUUGAUUAUCUGAUUGCAACCGAUGAUAGUGACUCAAAAGAGAAGGAACAAACUGAUGGCAAUAACCAGGCUGAGAAGAAAAAGUCCAAGAAACAUAAGAAGCGGAAGUUGGAUUCCGAGUUUGGUGUUGUUAGAGGCAUAGACUUUAAAAACGUUCAAACGGUCGUAAAUUUUGACAUGCCUGCAAGUGCGGCUGGAUAUGUACAUCGAAUUGGGCGUACCGGAAGAGCAUUUAAUACCGGUCAAUCUGUCUCAAUUGUUUCUCCCGAUGAGAUGGAGAUAUUCGAAGAAAUUAAAUUGUUUUUGGGAGAAAAUGAAGAUAAUGACGUAACACAUAUUGCUCCAUUUCCACUUCUUGAGAAGAACGCAGUGGAGUUUUUACGAUAUAGGGCUGAGGAUGUUGCAAGGAGUGUGACGAAAAUUGCUGUCAAAGAAGCACGAGCCCAGGAUUUACGCAAUGAAAUUCUCAAUUCUGAGAAGCUGAAAGCUCAUUUUCAAGAAAAUCCACGCGAUUUAGAACUUCUGAAGCACGAUAAGCUUCUAAGCAAGAAAGCGCCUGCACCCCAUCUACGUAAUGUGCCUGAAUACUUGCUAGAUCCAACGACUCAGCAAGCUAGCAAGUUUGUCAAACUCACCAGAGCUGCCAUGGGAAGAAAUAACAACAAUGGCAACCGGGGAUCUAAGGGCAGGUUCAAAAAAGCUGGAGAUCCUCUCAAGACCUUUUCUGCAGAAGCUAAAGGGAUGAAGAGGAAAGCCAAAGGCGGCAAGGAGUUCGGCCCCAAACAGAAAAAGAAGCAAGACGUAUAACUUCUGGAAGGAAAUUGUAAAGCCUGGAUUUAAAUCCACCACAAUUUUGUAGUAUCAUUGAAUUUAGUUUUACUGCAAGAUAUGAGUUCUUAAACUGUAGUACUGUACCUUUGUGGUAUGUUUCCGUAUUUUUAGAUUAUUCGAUCUCAUUGAAUGACAAGAUUUACGACGAUUA